AUGGACUCCAGCCCCCACGUGUCCAUUGACGCUAAGCCAAGCGUUGAGUUUGUACCUGCGCGGAUUCCGAAGCUACUUGCAAGAGCAUUGGAGCAAGUGAACGUACAACGUGAAAAGUUGCUGAGUAAAAGUGCAAGUCAACCUUCCGAGCGUCUCGAGCCUCUGGAAGUGAAGCAAAGACUCCCGGAUGUGGUUCUGUGCGACUGUGGCGAAGGGAUCCGACCUGCAAACGAGAGAUUCCACUUGAAACACGAAUGUUCUCUGCGAAUGAUUCGAUGCGUUCGCCCAGGUUGUACGAAACUUUUUCAAGCUUCAACUCGUGAGCUGCACGAACAACGAGACUGUUCAUUCACCCAACACACUCGGCAACUUCUUCGAGCUCGAAACGAUGGAGAUACGCCAGUCGAGUGCGAAUUGUGUCACGAAACUCGCUUCCUCGUCAGGAAGCGCUUCUUGAAGAGUCACCAAUUGCUCAUGUGUGUGAAACGCAAAGUUUCUUGUCGUUUUGCUGAGUGGGGCUGCGAGAUGAAAUUCCCCAAAGAAGAGCAAGAAUCCCAUGAAGCAAAUCAAUGCGUCGUGGCUGAACGAAGGAGGAAAAUCGCUGCUGACGCUCAACUUGUGAACAAGGAAAUUGUGUGCGAGUGGUGCAAUCAAAAAGUGAAAAAGCGUAAGCUACUUGACCACCAGGAAGAAGAAUGCUCUGAUCGCGAACGUCCGUGUCCAAAUGUCGUCAAUGGAUGCCAAGAGUGGGUCCCUGUGGGGAAACUCGACGAGCACAUUCGUACCGCUUGCAUCGUGACGAUAGAGCGGAAUACUCUGGCAGCGAGAGCCCGCGAGAAGAACUCACCCGUGGCGUGUCCAGAGUGUAGAGUGGUGGUCCGGUUGCGGCAUCUCACUCGACAUUUCAAAGAUGAAUGCGUCAGUCGCGUUGUUCCAUGCAAGAAUGCCGCUCAUGGCUGUAAAGCGCGUCUUCGAUGGCGAGAUCGGCACUUACACGAAGACGUUAUGACUCUGUCUAAGGAUCGCAGUAUGCUGCAGUUCAAGACGGGAGGAAACGCGUACAUAUUCAUUCACAACAAUAGCACAAUAAACCAGGCUCCAUCUAUCGAUCUACCGCCGCCUUGGACUGCAGAAUUCUACGUGUGGAUGGUCGACGCAGAAGAAGAAAUCCUAUCACUGCACAGAAGCAGCUUGGAGUGGACGGAAAUUGUUGCGAUUCACAAGCGGGAACACACUCAAUGGCAAGCCAAGUCGGACGCCUGUAAGAAGAAACUGAGGGUGUUGAAGCAACAGCGUAAGCGCAGACCCUAUGAUAAAACAACAGGAAUGCACCUGUCCGGUGAGGAACUGGCAAUCGCAGCGAAAGAACUGGCGGAAGAUUUCAAUAACGCCGAGAAUGGAUUACUAGAGACGCGAGAGGAGAUCGCGUUGGCUCAAGGCUGGAUCAAGCUCAACAUCGUCGAAGCUAAGCGGAUUCUAGACACUGACGUAACUGACGAGGAAGCACAACGAGCAGUUUUCACCGCGAUUGUCGACCAAACUGCUCACUUCUUGAAUGAGAGGAUGCUGCUGGUGCAAUUACUAUCUGACGCUGAGCGAUCCCUGCUAAGCAGCUUGGAAGCUUGGGCAAAGCAGCUCACACCGCAAAGUCCGAUCAAAGAAGACAAAGCCGGACGUCAACGCCAAGCUGCAGAACAGAAUAAUCUUCUUAAGAAACGCAGUGAGUUUCAGACACAGUUAGAAGCACUAGAUCCUGAUGAUCCCGAGGCUCAGAGGUUGCAACGCAGAUACGAACGUGAAAUUGCAAAAGUGGAAGCCAAGUUGUCGCUCGUGUCUGAGAACAAGUCGUCGCGACUUCUUGAACGCUGUGGCCGCCAUAUCAUCGCGUCGAGUCCGAAAAACGUCAUCGCUCUCGUGUCUGGAGCCAAAGGCGAGAUCGUUUUCUACCGUCCAUCGGGAACGAAAGCAGCAAGAGAAGUGAAUUUCCACACUCGGCUGGAACGGAAUCGCUGGAACCACGUCGUGCUUUCUGCUGGCUCCAAGGAGCUCAGUCUCUUCCUUAAUGGCGAUUUCAAGACCACCCGUAGAGGCGUAUUCGACCUGCCCAUGAGCAGAAUCGGCACUAAAGAAAAGACAGAGUCGUUCCAGGGUUUUAUUCAGGAGAUCCGCUACUGGAACGAAUGUCGUAGUAUCCAGCAGAUCCAACAUAAUGCUGCGUCCAUUCUUCACGUGGCUAAAUGCAAGUCUCUCGUAGGUUAUUGGACGCUCGAGGAAGGUAUGGGUGAUCUUGUAGACGACAUGGCACUGAACCUGCCUCGCUCUUCGUGCUUUGACACAAACUGGGUCAUUUACGAGACUCCAGAAGUUCGUAGACGCUUCGGGAUUCCACCCACCCCGUCACUGCGAGAUCAAACUUGUUGCCUCGUGAACCAGAAGUUGAAGCUGCUGGCUCAACGUGCUCGCGACCGGGAGAUGGACACGGUGCCGUGUCGUCAGCACUGCGAACAGGUCGUCGCGUAUCGGGAUCUGGAGCGUCACCACCGCGUCGAGUGUGCCCAUCGCUUAGUCGUGUGUAAGGAGGUUGGGUGUGAGGCCACAUAUCGCUUCAGUACUGAGGCUGCGCAUCUGCGUACCAAGUGCGAGCGGCAUUUAUUCCGAGAAGAGCUGCUACGUCGCCAUCACGAGAAACGCGAACUGGUCGAGUGCGUCUUGAACUGCCCCGAGAAGGUCCAGAGGCGCUUCAUGAGGCAACAUUGUCACCAAGAAUGCGUCAAUAGACUCGUCAAAUGUCUGUGGGAAGACUGCGGUGGCACUGGAGGAAAUGCAAUUGGACACUUUGUAUUGCCAUUGCGUUAG